AUGGCCUUCGAGCACCUCGCGCUGUGCGGGCCAAGCUCGGCCGCCGAGGCCAUCGAGCACGACCCGGAGCUGUUCAAGAAGCGCGUGCCCAACGUGUUCCGGCUCGUGUUCCCGCGGAAGCUGCUGUGGCAAUGGGCCGCGCGCCGACUUCACCUGGUGCCGCGCAACCGACUCAGCGGCCGGGACGAGGAGCGCGUGGCGUCGCUCAUGGUCAGCGGCCUCAUGCAGGGCAACAGCCCGCGCUUCCGCCGCGAGGAGCAGACGCUGUACUUCGUCGACAUGUUCGGCAAGAAGGUGCUGCGCUACUCGCUGGCCACCGAGAGCGUGGGCGUCGUGUACGAGGACAUCGAGGACUUCGUGUCGGCCAUCGGGUGGCUGCCCGACGGGCGCAUGCUCAUCGUGCGCAUGAAGAGCCGACAGGUUUUGGUGCUGGACCAGGCGGCCAGCUGCGUGCAGCUCUACGCGGACGUGUCGAGCGUCACGCAGUUCCGCGCCAACGAGCUGGUGGUGGCCGCGUCGGGUCGCGUGUAUCUGAGCAACGCCGGCUUCGACCUGGCCAAGAUGAAGAGCUGCUGCUCCACGACCCUCGUGAGCAUCGACCCCUCGGACAGGAGGGUGCGCGUGGAGGCCACGGAUCUGCUGUUGCCGAACGGGAUGGUCAUCACCCCGGACGGCAACACGCUCAUAGUGGGCGAGGCGCUGGCCGGGAGACUCACCGCAUUUACCAUCAACGAGAACGGCACGUUGACUGGCCGCCGGGUGUGGGCCAAGAUGGGCACGUUGCUCGGAGGCAUCAGCCUCGACGCGGAAGGCUGCGUCUGGGUCAGCGUGCCGCAGAUGGGCGCGUACGAGUCACGAGGGGGAGCGCUCGUUCGCGUGCGAGAAGGCGGCAAAGUCACGGACCUGCUGGGCUUCCGACGCAACGGCAUCUCACGCAGAGUGCACGCGUGUACGCUUGGGUUGGACGUCACGGGCAAGGAGCCGCACCUGUAUUUCGUCGAGUCGGUGGCGUCCAAGGAGGCGACCGUGUUCAUGCACGGGCGACGGACAGCACAUAAGAAUAGCACGCUCAAGCGGACGCGAGUGGCGGUGGGCCCUGCACUCAUGCCAUCGAAUCCAAACUACUGCGGAGGAUAUUGA